ACGCACUGGAAGUCUUUCUUUUGGCGUUAUAUUAUAGCCAACGAGCGGUGACUGUACUGUGGACCCGCGCAUGCGCAAUCGGAGCCCCGGAGCCGCAGGAGAUCAGAGCUGUGCUCCAGCACAACACACUGGGACGCCGUCAUGAGUGCCAAAGUGAACAUGGAGGCUCCAGCCAAAGAACCAGACUGCACCCCUAUGGAUCCGUCAUCUUCGUCUCCCACAGAGACAAUCCUCAUCUGUGGGGGCGAUGGUGUGGCCAAGAAGGCUCGGCCUCAGCCCCACACCACCACUGCUCUCCUGCUACCAGGUGAACUCAUAUCUCCUGCCCAUCAGAAGGUGGAGGUGACUCCAGCUGUUGCAGUGGGUAACCCAGGUAAAGGAAGCAGAGCCAAUGAGAUGGCCACGCCUGCACUGACAGCACAGGUGGGCGGAGCUUGUAGCAUUGUCCAUGUCCUAGAGUUGAAGGAGGGGAUGGCCAUCCUGCCCAGUAGCAACCUCAAGUUCUGUGUGAGUGACUUAGGAGCUCUGAGCACACUGAUCACCCCGGGCACCGCCAGCAGCACCGCUGAACCUGCAGCAGGGACUUCUGGGAGAUCCACUGACGCAGAAAGAGUUCCAGACAAGCCAGCCCUGUCUGUGACAGAUGCGUCGGCUCCUGCCGGCUCUGGGAGGGGCGUGGCCCUGGAGCCAGAGAGGUUGGUGCCGGUCAAAGCUGAAGUCCAGGUUGAUCCAGGACAACAGAACCAUAAUCCCAGAGCUCAGAGGACCUACACAGAGGAGCUCCGCAGAGACCCCAUCACUGACAAGAGGAGCGUUGGCGUGGAGAAGGUGCCGGCAGGCGGGAGAGUCUCCCUCAACCCCGAUCACUUGAAACCCAUGAGGAAGAGGAAAAGGAAGGAGUACCUGAGUCCAUCUGAGGAAGACUCUGACAUCGAGGGCACGGAUGAGAAAAUGGAUGAUUCUAAAGCAGAGGGCCGACACAUCAGAGGAGGUGGAGACAGUAAGACAGAGCAGUGGACGUGGGCUCAGUACCUGGAGGAGACCAAAGCUGUUGCUGCUCCUAACAAGCUUUUCCAAGAGUCCCAGAGAGUGCCGACAGUGAAGAACGGCUUCAAACAGGGGAUGAAGCUGGAAGGCAUCGACCCGCAGCAUCCGUCCAUGUACUUUGUCCUCACUGUAGCCGAGGUCUGCGGUUACCGGCUGCGGCUCCAUUUUGAUGGCUACUCUGACUGUCAUGACUUCUGGGUGAAUGCCAACUCUCCCGACAUCCACGCUGCAGGCUGGUGUGAGAGCACAGGGCACAAACUGCACACCCCCAAAGGCUGUAAAGAGGAGGAGUUUACUUGGACCAACUAUCUGAGAAUGACUAAAGCACAAGUGGCUCCCAAAGAACUUUUUGCCAGUCCCGGAAGGAUCGAUGUGAAGUGUGGUUUCGAGAUAGGAAUGAAGCUGGAGGCCGUCGAUCGUAUGAACCCCUCCCUGAUCUGUGUAGCAACCAUCACCGAUGUGGUGGACGACCGCUUCCUGGUUCAUUUUGACAAUUGGGAUGACACGUAUGACUACUGGUGUGAUGCCAGCAGUCCGUACAUUCAUCCUAUUGGUUGGUGCCAAGAAAGGAACCUCCCACUAACACCACCCCAAGAUUAUCCAGACCAGGGCCGGUUCUCCUGGUCUCGAUACUUGGAGGAGACAGGAUCCAAAGCAGUGGCUGCUGAUGCCUUUAAAGUGCGGUCACCUCACAGCUUUCAGCCUCAGAUGAAACUGGAGGCUGUGGACAAGAGAAGUCCCGGUCUCAUAAGAGUGGCUACAGUUGAGGAGGUGGACACGCAUCGCAUUAAGAUCCAUUAUGAUGGCUGGAGUCACGUCUAUGAUGAGUGGGUAGACUCAGAUCACCCAGACAUCCAUCCAGCAGGCUGGUGCGAGGUGACCGGUCACCCGCUUAAAAUCCCUCCACGGGACACCAAAACGCAGCAACCGCAUGGUAGCAACCAGCCUCAUGUGACUCCUUUUUCUUCACUUAAAACUGGAGGUGUGAGGGAGCCUCCUGCUACAGGCCAGUCCACCUACACCUCCUCUGUUCCCUGUAAACCCAUCAGUCAGCCCAGAACCAACAAAUACAGCUUCCACAACAGGAAGUGUCCAACUCCAGGGUGUGACGGCUCAGGCCAUGUCACCGGUCGUUUCACCGCCCAUCACUGCAUAUCCGGCUGCCCAUUGGCUGAGCGUAACCAGGGUAGGCUGAAGGCUGACCUAUCAGACUCAGAGUGCAAGAGAAACCUCUUCUUUGGCCAGAGGACUAAGAAGACUCAUUACCGUGGCAGGAUUGGUCGUCCUCCCAAAUACAGAAAGAAUCAACAGAGGGACUACCAGAACAUGUCCUCACAGGGAGUGUAUCCGUCACUGUUCAUGUCAGCUUUGAGCAACCAAUCAGACCGCACUCUGUCUUUGUGCUGGGAACAGCACUGCAAGCUGCUGCCCGGCGUUCAGGGCAUUCACGCCAGCCAGGUGGCCGCAUGGAGUGUCGAGGAGGUCUUCAGAUUUGUCCAGAAUUUAAUUGGCUGUGAAGAACAGGCUCGUCUCUUCAAAGAAGAGAUGAUCGACGGAGAGGCUUUCCUGCUGCUGACCCAGACCGACAUUGUGAAGAUCAUGAGCAUUAAGCUAGGCCCCGCCCUCAAGAUUUCCAACGCCAUCCUCAUGUUCAAGAGCACAGACGAGGGACUCAAGUGAAUCCCGCCCUCACUCAGUGGCAGCGCUGUGCCGCCAAUCAUCAUGUGCCAAAUUCAUUCUGUUGCAGGGAAAAAGACCCUGACCCCUUUUUCAUGUGUUCGGUGUCCUGUACCCAUCAGA